CUCCGUCCUUGGCGGGAAGGAGUUUAUGGCGUCAGCGGAAAGUGGCUGCAUCGCCGUGGCAGCAAUCGGGUCCUGAGGUGCGGAGCGGACCCACCGGACCGGAUCCUGCUGAGCCUCCUACCUGAGGGAGUUGAGAACAAGAUGUGGAAUACAGGUGGAUUUGAAAACUAUGGCGGCUCCGCCUAUGGGGGCGCGGGUGGCUACACGCAGUCCCCUGGGGGCUUUGGAUCGCCGACACCUACUCAAGCAGAAAAGAAAUCAAGAACCCGAGCGCAGCAUAUCGUACCUUGUACCAUAUCCCAGCUGCUUUCCGCCACUCUGGUUGACGAAGUGUUCAAAAUUGGGAAUGUUGAGAUUUCACAAGUCACUAUUGUGGGCAUAAUCAGACAUGCAGAGAAGGCUCCAACCAACAUUGUUUACAAAAUAGAUGACAUGACAGCUGCACCCAUGGAUGUUCGCCAGUGGGUUGACACAGAUGAUACAAGCAGUGAAAAUGCUGUUGUACCUCCGGAAACAUAUGUGAAAGUGGCUGGCCACCUGAGAUCUUUUCAGAACAAAAAAAGCCUGGUAGCCUUUAAGAUCAUGCCCCUGGAGGAUAUGAAUGAGUUCACCACACAUAUUCUGGAAGUAGUCAAUGCACACAUGAUGCUGAACAAAUCCCACAAUCAGCCCUCAGCAGGGAGAGUACCUAUCGGCAAUCCAGGAAUGGGUGAAGCGGGGAACUUUGGUGGGAAUAACUUCAUGCCAGCCAAUGGCCUCACUGUGGCCCAAAACCAGGUGCUGAGUUUGAUUAAAGCAUGCCCAAGACCUGAAGGAUUGAACUUUCAUGAUCUCAAGAACCAGCUACAGCACAUGACUGUAGCCUCAAUCAAGCAAGCUGUGGAUUUUCUUAGCAACGAGGGACACAUCUAUUCCACUGUGGAUGAUGAUCAUUUUAAAUCCACAGAUGCAGAAUAACUGGAUCUAAUUGGGUAUCUGAAAUAUUUUAUAGCUAGAUCUAUUUUCACAAUCUGUUGUCUCUAGCUGUGCAUAAGUUUGGCCAGUUGACUUCUAAGUAGUAGGUCUUUUCUAUAAAAGGGUCUCAACUGACAUUUUUUGAAACUUACUGCACUUCUGUGUUUUUGUCUUGUUUUGUUUUGUUUUGUUUGAAGCUCAGAGGGAGAUGGGCAAUUAACAGGGAUGUAAACCAGGACAGGAUUUCUUGAAGAGGUUACAAAUAAGCUAGUUAGAACAUCAGAAUAGAUGGAAUUGGAAGAGAUGCUACCAAGAGAAUUGGGCAAUAUUACUUAAAUAAAUGCUCAGGAGCAUCUGUUCCUAAAGUGUUUCUUGUUAAAGACAAAGUGAGCAGGACUAGGGCCUAUUGGCAGAGAGCUAAUCAAGAGAUCUGCUAACCUCUGCCUGUUUUUGUUUGCCACUUUGGUAAUGUGGAGUUACUUUCAGAAUUGCAGUUUGAUUCAGCCUCUUGUCUUGAUUGCUGCUGAAAACUAUUAUGUGAAUGUGAGGUUUCUGGAGUGUGGCCUCUGGAGCAGGGCAGAGGAAAGUACUUAUUUUGUACUCUUUUGUACAAAAUAAAUGUAUCCAUUUGUUUAAUAAAACAAUUUUUUUGUUGCACUAA